AUGAUGAAAGUUAGAGGAUUUAGGCUUGGAAGGAGACUUGUGAGAGUUUUCAAAUUGUUUAUUCAUCGGAGAAAAAAGGGAAAAAUCAGCUACAAACGUUUGGGAUCUUCCAAUUGUGCAACAAAAGCAAUUUCAAAGCUAUGUAAUUUUGGAAAUUUGUUGAAGCAUGGGGUUAAAAGUGUAAAUUUUGUGAAACCCGGGUCGGGUUAUAUUCGGGUCGGGUCAGAAUUGAUGGAUCAGAACCAAAUACCAAAGGGUCAUUUGGCUGUGUAUGUUGGUGAAAAAGAAGAUGUUGCAUGUAGAGUUUUAGUGCCUGUGAUUUACUUUAAUCAUCCUUUGUUUGUUGAUUUGUUGAGAGAGGCUGAAAUGGUUUAUGGGUUCAAUCAUUCGGGUGGGAUCCAAAUCCCUUGUCGGAUAUCCGAAUUCGAGAACGUUCAAUCGAGAAUCGCAGCCACGGGUGGUGGUGGGAGUUGUCGCGAAAGGCGGAGCUGGAGGUAUAAGUACUGGUGA